GAAUGGAGUCUUUGGUCUCUGUGAUUCCUUCAGUCACUAUGUCAACCAGCACAGAUGUUUCUCUUUCUUCAUAUGAUGAAGAUCAGGGAUCCAAGCUUAUCCGAAAAGCUAGGGAGGCACCGUUUGUUCCCAUCGGAAUGGCGGGGUUUGCAGCAAUCGUUGGAUAUGGACUCUAUAGAUUGAAGAGCAGGGGAAAUACUAAAAUGUCUGUUCACCUGAUCCACAUGCGAGUGGCGGCCCAAGGCUUUGUGGUGGGAGCCAUGACGCUUGGUAUGGGCUACUCCAUGUAUAAGGAAUUCUGGGCAAAACCUAAGCCUUAGAAGAAGAGAAGCUGUCUUGGUGUGUUGGUGCUUGCUCUAGACAUCUCAUGUUGAGUUUAUAUGUUUAGGUUGAAAAUAAAUGGUUUGAAUGGUCAGACAAUAACACCAUCAUUUACCUAUUGGUUUCCUUUCUUGCAGACCUGAUUUGCCUGGUAACCAAAUUACUAGUGACCAGUUAGCUAGAUCAUUCAGGGGAGUCAAAUUAGCACAAAAGAAACAUAGCACUUUUAAGUGUACUUGUUAGAGGUAAAACAAGCAUCUUCUUAAAGUCUUCUGAUGAGAUGAGUUACAGAGAGAACUUGGCAAUCCCGAAGUUCUCCCGGUUGCUGCAGAUGAUCAUGUGCUUUUGAUGUUAUGCAGGAAUUCUGUUUAAUUUAACUGUUUUCUGCCUGCUUUGGAGACUGAUUGAGUACUUCAGUUUUUAGGGCUGUUGGCUCUUAGAAACCUUUCGGAGCAAUGCAUGGAAUAUAACAUAAUAAACUUCCCCACAACUGAAAAUAUGUGUGUGUGUUUAAACCAAACCUAAAAAGCUGAUAACAGCUGCUUAGAAGUAGUAUUUAUUUCAGAAUCAUUUGUAAACAUGAGAAUAACUUAAGUAUGGGUCUCAGUUUAGCUUUUUUUUUUAUAAUUGCAGAAUUAUAUUUAUGCUGCUGUUGUAUUAAAAUAACUUUUAAAUGUCAUCUUGAAAUAGAAAUGUGUAUUUUAAGUACUAAUGCAAAGGUAAAUGACAAACACUUUUUAAAUGUAUGAAAUUUAUUUUUUGGGUAAGAAUCAUAAAUGUUAACAAAUUACCUAUAAUUGAAGUGAUUAGUGAUUUAUCAGCAAGGUGGUUUGGUCAGACAUUAUACACAAACUUUGGUAUACUCUAGAGUGCUAUCGCACUUGUAAAAUUUUCUUGUCUAACCUGAAUUUACAUUCCAUGGUGAUAACAUGGUAAAUGUAGUGUUAUUAAAGUAAUUGAACACAUCA